CACGCCAUUGUAUUCUGUUGAGGAAGAAGAUAUCGCGAGGCAGCAUGAAGACGGGCCUCGUCCUCGGGCUGCUGCAUGGCCUCGGAGCAACGCUCUCGGCGCUCGUCGUCGAGAUGCCUCCGCCGGUCGUAGCGCGCGAGGCCAUGAGCGCCAUGCGCCUCAUCAACCAGACCGACGUGACCAACGACAUUCCGCAGUUCGAGGCGAUCAUCAAGGCCGCGUACGCGGUGCUCCAGGCCAACUACGACGACCAGAUGCACGCGACCGCGCCGGGCGCCAUCGAGAGCAUCGGCUUCCAGCACAUUAAAGCCCAUGAUGCGCUGCUGGCGGCGCAAGCGAUCGCCCACCGCAACUUUACGAUGGCCACCAAGCAGUUCACGGCCCUCCUGCGCCAUCAAUGGAGCAACGGAUUCAUGCCCGAUGUGAUUUACGGUCCGUCGGUCAGCGCCUCGUCUGCCUGGCUGGCGACCAACAAGACGUACUACCCAGGUCCUGCGUUCUGGUCGAUUUCGGAGCACAACAAUGACACGAACAAGUCGCUGCCGACGUCGGGCCUCCUCGCGCCACCGCUGCACGCGGAGACAGCGAUGCGCAUCUUUUAUCUCGCGCCGCUCGACACGUCCAUGGGCACGCCCGUGUACACGGACGACGCCAUGGUCUUCCUCUGCGAUGUCUACUCGCCGCUCCGGCGCUUCCACGACUACUUGUUCUCGUCACGCCAAGCCUCGAACGACUCGCUCCUCGUCCUUCGCCACCCUUGGGAGAGCAUGACGAGUGUCGCACCUGGUUGGAAGGAUGCGUUGGCGUCCGUGAAGCUCGCUGCCGACUAUGCCCAGGUCAUCAAGCGUCUGAACGUUCCUGCGACGGCCCAAGACGCGUACGUGGCGGCCGCGUCUCGGUUCUACCCCCGCGACACGUCAUUGGUGAAGGACCUCUACGAGCCAAUGCUGUACCUCGCGAACUGCUUUGUCCGCGAUGGCACUUCUGGGACGACAACAGCUCCUUCCAAGUGCGCUACGGACGUGCACGUGUUCGAUGUCGAGUUCAACGCGAUCGUGUUGCGGUCGUCCGAAGCGCUGCUCAACAUGGCGACAUUGCUGCUCAAGCACGCGUCGCGGUCGUUGCGCUUCGACUGCAAAUACGGCCUUCCGCACGCCCACGACAUUGACGCGCUCCAGCGAUCGGUUGCAGCGCUCAAAGCCCGGCUGCAGUCGCCACUGCCCGACGGUCUUUGGAAUGCGUCGGCGCAGUAUUUCCAGAGCAGUCACACCACGUCGCCGACAGUCCAAGGCUUCUUCCCGCUGUACGCGACAGCGCUCAAAGACACAGUGCAGAUCGGCCUCCUCAGUCAUAUUCUACCGACGCCCCAUACAUUCAAUUUCUUUUGCGACUAUUUUCCCAUGGCCGUAUAUCCCUGCCAAGACACGAUCAAAGAUGUACCGCGCAUUACACUGCUUGUCCACAGCUACGUUGCCUAUCGCGGCUUUCUCAAGAAUUCCUUCUUGGGGGUCGCUCAAGUGCUCUUGCAAAAGACGUAUGCGCUUCUCUCGUCCGUCGACACGUUUCAUUUCUGCGAUGAAUUUGACGCGACAUCCGGUGCGCCGCUAACGACGACAACCGGCCUCUCAUCGACGCUCGCGGCGUCGGUUGCCAUCAACAUGGGCCUACCCGACGCGACGCAGCCGCCGAGCCCCGACACGCCGCCGAUCAACCGCAAGAUGAUUCUGAUCGUCAUGUGCAUUGAGCUCGUCGUUGCCAUGGGCGUGGCGAUCGGCUGCGUGGUCUUUUCGAUUUACUUUGUCGUCAAGCGGCCUCAAGAAGUGGCCCCGCGCCCGGCCGCCGCCUCGACCCCCAACGUGCGCGUCUCGGACAGCGCGUCGAGUCCCAACAGCGACCAUUUGGAAGAGUCCUUGCUUUCAGAAGACGAAGACGUUGACGAGUAUGGCUCAUUCCUCGCGUCGUCGCCGCGCGAACCCAAGGGCACGUGGUCGUCGAUCAAGUCGUUUGUAUCGAGCAUUAGUCCGUGGGGGUGAUGCUUUUGCCAAAGUGGUGUGCUUGGCGCUUGCGCAUUGCCUCCUUUCGCGCACGCCACCCGCUGUAUUUGGAAAAAUUCGUUUUCGCGUCCAGCACAUGCUCGA